UUCAUCCCCUCCUCCUUCCUCUAUAAAGUACCCCCAAAUCCCGCACCAUUACCAGUUUACCACCCUCCUCUCCCUCCCCCAGCCCACGAGCGCGCGCGGCGCACGGCCGCACGCAACGCAGGCGCGGGAGAAUGGUGGUGGCUCAGAAGACGGAGGAGAGUGAUAUGGCGGACCAUAUGCUUCUACUGACAAGGAAACUACUUCGGAUUGCCAUAUAUCACAUAAGCUACAUAAGAGGCCUAUUUCAUGAGAAAUAUUUCAGUGAAAAUUCAGUUCUAUCACCAGUGAUGGACAAUGAGAAGCUUAUGCCAGUACAUGACGACAUGGGGAGACUAAUAGAUUGGAUGGAGAAAGGUGUCUGUGAUGCAUUACAAAAGAAAUACCUCAAGACCCUUCUCUUUUGUAUCUGUGAGAAGGAGGAAGGUCCAAUCAUUGAGGAGUAUACCUUCUCAUUUCGUUACCCAAACACAAAUGGUGAGGAAAUCACAAUGAUCGUUAGCCGGACAGGGAGCGAAAAGGGAAGCACCGCAUUCAAGCCAAAUGCUUCAGAAUUAACUUCUGUUCAGAUGAAUUACUUUCUUACCUUGAUAACGAUUUCUUGCUUGAGGGUGCAGUCUCUGUACUAAAGUAGUGUUGCAUCUAGAAUGUUACAAUUUGAAAGAAGUUUGCACUUGGCAACACAAACUUAAAACAAAAAGAAUUCAGUAUUAUGAUUUCUCUGUGUAUGAAUUUGCUGAAAUUUACUAGGUAUGCAGGUUUAAGUAUCUAUCUGUUGGCUAUGCUAAAAGUACAGAAUGUCUAGAAACAUGAAUAUAUAAUUUAGAUUUAUUUAGAUUUACAUCAAUUAUUCAUGGUUUUCUUGGCUUACAAAAUCAUAGUAGAUUUGAGGUCUCAUCCUUGUUGGUGCUUUAAUGCAUCUUGUAGAUUAUUCCAUGGUUUUCUGGUUGUUUGUCCAAUGUCCCUUUUGGGUGUCAAUGUAACCAUUAUGACCUAUGAUGAUCAUAUCUAGACAUCUGUUACUUUUCAGGAGGUAUGGAUGUAAGAUGAUUAGAGCGCUUGUUUCACUUAUGAAAACUGUGGACUCAAAACCAGAGAUAAAGGAGAGAACCGUCUUGGUGAAGCUGCUAUACUAUGAUGAUGUAACACCAGAGGAUUAUGAGCCUCCCUAUGCUGAAAAUGAGGCCAUAAAUAUAUGGAACAAGAACCCCUUGAAGAUCGAGGUGGGGAAUGUCAAUAGCAAGCACUUUGUGUUAGCUCUGAAGGUCAAAGAAGACCUGCACCCAUGUGAUGACAAUAACACAAAAAGCGGAUGGGAUGAAAUGAGGUUUGAUAAUGAUUUCGACACUGAUGGUGAUGGUGACUUUUCUGACACUCAGGUGCAACUUUCCAGAAGAAGAUUUGGAUAUGUCCUUUGCACCAAACCGAAGAAUUUUAAAUUUAUUCUUGACUCUGGUGCCACACAUCAUAUUUGCAAUGAUGAGGCUAUAAUGCGUAACUUGAGAGAGGUGAAGAAGGAAGACCGACUAUCUGUAUAUUCAUCAGGUGGUAAAGAACUUAGUGCAGAGAGGAUGGGCUAUAUAGACCUUAAAAAUUUUAGCCUGAAUCCAGUUGGUUUAAUCCCUUCAAUGCAAUUCAAUGUUGUAUCUGUUGGACAGCUAGCCAAACAAGGUCUGAUGAUCUGUUGUGGAAAUGGUCAGUUUAGUGUCUAUGAUAUGAGAGAGGGCCGAAUUGUUGGGGAAGGGUAUCUUGACAACAAACUGAAUGAAUAUGUUUUCAGAACAUUGAAAUGGUUGCCACAAGCUGAGAAUUUGGUUGAAAUCCCCAAGAAUGACACACAGAAAGUGAAUGAUGAACAACAAGCACAGAAUGUAUGGUUGAUUGACACAGGAUGUGCGCAACACUUAGUGUCUGAUGUCACUCUGUUAACCAAUGUUAGAAAUGACAAGCGACCUUUUGAAACUGCAAAGGGAACCAUCUGGUCAAGCCACAGGGGAAAGUUCAAAGCUGGAAAACUAGUGCUCAACGAUGUUUUAUAUUGUAAAAGCGUACAGGACAAUCUGAUGUCAGGGCCUUUGCUGGAUAAGGCUGGAUAUAGAAUCACUUUUUGUGGAAAAACUUGCACACUUGUGCAUAAGGAUGGAUUGGAACAGAGAGGGGUCGCCAUUCAAGAUGUGAGCAACAAUUUGUACUCACUUGAAGAAGAAGAACAGAAGGACAACAGCAUCUCUGCUCAGGGAGAUGCAAAAGAGGCCAAAAGGAGGCGACUUGAAUGAACAGCUCUCCUCACUCCACUCUCUAACAUACCUUUACUUCCAGAGUGUUGCGGAUCCUGUCCCUGAGACUGAGCAGAGUAGCGGGAUUGCUGUAUUCUUGGGGUUGUCACUUCUCACUUGUUUCAGACGUUUCUAAUUGUCUGUCUGUCUAUCUCUGCAUCUGCAAAAUGGCAACUGCUUUGUGGAUGUUUGGCAAGCCAGUUGUGGAAUUGGACGGCAAAGACGUAGCACCGCCGGUUGAAAGGUCCAGACGCCAUGAACCUAUUGAUGCUCAUGCUCUUUGUGUGUGUGAUAGCUCCUGCUUCUAGUUACUGAACAGUUACAGUUUAGUGUCCGACUCGUGAUGUCGCAUCGAAGAGUAAGUCCAACCAGCGGCUCUAGAAUCGCGGUUGGGCUGUUGUUGGGUUGACCUUCCCGGAUCCUGCUGUGCCGGUGGAGACACGGCUCUCCUCGUCAUCCUUGUAGUGUCGUCCUCGCAUCCUACUUUAUUGCUUGGCAUUCUGGCACAAACUUUGCCAUGUGUAGAUAAGCACAAACUUUGCUGUAUCUGAAAAUUGUUGGCACAUAAAAUGCAGUAAACUUGAUAUCUUUGCUCAAAGAAACAAUUUAUACUGCACUUUUUUUCC